AAAUACAAAUAUGAACUAUGAGAGAAAGGAAAAUAUACCAGAUAAUUUAAAUCAACAACAGUCUGCGAUUAUCGAAGUAAUCCACGUCAAGCAAGAAGAAUUUAAUGUUAUUGAUUAUAAAGUACCCUGGAAUAAAGUUCCAAUUGAUAUGUUAAAGAUAUGUGAAGAAGGUGACGGAUCUUGUUCAAUGUUUCAUAAACUUCGAGAACGCUGCUGUUACAUGAAACGAAUAGAAAGCAAACAGAAAUCUACAGAAAAAUCGGAAACAAUUCAAAGUAAAAAACGGAAAUUUCAUAUAAUGGCAGGUUGUUCAAAUUAUCAAGAUUUACAUUCAACAAAUGCUAAACAUAUAAGAGCAGAACAUUAUGAUGAAGACUCAUUUGAAAAAAUGAUGGAAGAUGGUUAUAUAGAACAACGUAAAUUUUUGGAGAAUUUUCAAGAGCCACCCUCUUUGACUGAUAUACAAAAAGAAUUUCCAAUUCUUUUCAAAUUAGAAAGUAUUAUAUUUCAUUUCAAUAAACUUACAGGUAAAAAAUUAGAAAAAUUACCUAACAUUAUGAAAGAAAAGUCCACAAAAAUAGUGGAAUACGCUAUUCAAAAUAAAUAUUUAAAAUUGGAUAAUAAUGAAGAUUAUUGUAUUCAGUCAUUGAGAUUCUUUGCACUAUAUUUUAAAGAAGAUUUUGAAAAAAUGUAUUACAAAAUUGAGAAUGAAAAUACGAAUUUAAAUGAAAUAUUACAAAUGAAUGCUCCUUGUAUCGUGUCAAUUGGUAAUCAUUUUCAAGUUUUCGUAGAAAAGCAACUCUUUGGAAAAGAAUUCUCAACAUUCAUAGAAGCAUGGCAAUGUGCCUUCGGUAUAUAUUAUGUCAUGUGUCUCCAAUAUCCUGCUGAAUUGUCAAAUACUUUGGAAAUGGUGCAGCGAUAUUAUUUGAAAAUCAACCCUGAUCGAGGAUCUAAAGCAUCUAAGAAUAAAAAUAAAACGGCCCUGAAAGUUAUAAAAUUAAUAAUGAAGUUAAAUAAAUAGUUUCCUGACUUACAAUAUUAAGUUUUCAUAUAUUUUAUAUAUUUUGAAUUUGAUUGAAAAGAACGUUUCUCUUUCGAGUAUAGUUUAUUUUUAAUUUUUAAAGGCACUUUUAUUUUUAGAAAGAA